CUUUCUGAGACCCUCUCUGUGUCCAGCCCUUUCAGCCCAUCUUCCACGGCCUCACCCAACACCAUAUCCGAGGUCAUUUCUCCAACCAGUGCUUCGAGCUCGACCUCUACAGCUGAAUUGAGUACAAUCUCUGAGGUCAUCUCCACGCCCAGCACGACCUCUCUGAUCUCCAGUUCUACAGAUCUUCAUCCCAGCACUGUCUCUGAAGCAGUCUCCACCAUCCGCACUUCUAUCCCGACUUCCUCGCAGCAGGCCAGCACACUUUUUGAGACCGUCUCUGUGUCCAGCUCUUCCAGCCCAUCCUCCACGGCAUUGCCCAGCACCAUCUCCGGGGUCAUCUCUCCAGCCAGUGCUUCGAGCUCGACCUCCACUGCUGAGUUGAGUACAAUCUCUGAGGUCAUUUCCAUGCCCAGCACAUCCUCCCUGAUGUCCAGUUCUACAGAUCUUCAGCCCAGAACUAUCUCUGAAGCAGUCUCCACACUGAGCACUUCUAUCCCGACUUCCUUCCCCAAGGCCAGCCCAGUUUCUGAGACUGUCUCUGUGUCCAGCUCUUCCAGCCCAUCCUCUACGGCCUCAUCCAGCACCAUCUCUAAGUCCAUCUCCCCAACCAGUGCUUCCAGUUCUACCUCCGCAGCUGAGUCGAAUACAGUCUUCAGGGCCAUCUCCACGCCUAACGCUUCCAGCCUGAUCUCCAGUGCCUAUGCCAGCACCGUCUCUGAAGGACUUUCCAUGAGGAGCACUUCUAUCCCGAUUUCCUCCCACCAGGCCAUCACAGGGUCUGAGACUGUCUCUGUGUCCAGCCCUUCCAGCCCAUACUCCACGUCCUCGCCCAGCACCAUCUCCGAGUCCAUCUCUCCAACUAGUGUUUCCAGUUCUACUUCUGCAGCUGAGUCGAGUACCAUCUCUGAGGCCAUCUCCGUGCCUAGGAAAUCCACCCUGACCUCCAGUGGCCAUCUUAGCACCAUCUCUGAAGCACUCUCUGUACUCAGCACUUCCAUCCUGAUUUCCUCGCACCAGCCGAGCCCAAUCACUGAUACCGUCACUGUGUCCAGCCCUUCUAGCCCAUUCUCUGUUGCCUCUCCCAGCACCAUUUCCCCAACCAGUGCUUCCAGUUCUACUUCCGUAGCUUCAUCACGUACAAUCUCUGAGGCCAUCUCCUCGCCCAGCACAUCCACUCUCAUCUCCAGUUCUACAGAUCUUCAGCCCAGCACAGUCUCUGAAGCAGUCUCCACACUCCGCACUUCUGUCCCUACCUCCUUGCAACAGCCCAGCACAGUUACUGAGACUUUCUCUGUCUCCCUCACUUCCAGCCCAUCUUCCACGGCCUCGCUCAGCACCAUCUCCAUGGGCUUCUCUCCAACCAGUGCUUCCAGUUCUACUUUCGCAGCUGAGUCGAGUACCAUCUCUGAGGCCAUCUCCGUGUCUAGCACGUCCAUCCUGACCUCCAUUUCCCUGCCCAGCACCGUCUCUGAAGCACUCUCCACACUCAGCACUUCUAUCCUGGCCACCUCGCACCAGCCCAGUACCAUUCCUGAGACCUUGUCUUUGCCCAGCAUUUCCAUUCCACCGUCCAUCGCUUCACCCAGCACAGUCACUGAGCCUGUGCCCACAUCCAGUGCUUCCAGUUCUACCUCCGCAGCUGAGUCGAAUACUAUCUCCAGGGCCAUCUCUACGCCUAACGUGUCCACCCUGAUCUCCAGUGCCCCAACCAGCACUGUCUCUGAAGCAUUUUCUAUGCACAGCCCUUCAAGUCUCACCUCCACUGCCCCACCCAGCAGCAUCUCCGAGGGUGUCUCACCAGCUAGGACUUCUAGUCUUAUCUCCACUGCUGAGUCAAGUACUAUCUCUGAGGCCAUAGCCACACCAAGCACAUCCACCCUGAUCUCUAUGCCCAGCCCUUCUAUUCUGACAUCCCCUGCUCAGGUCAGCGCUGUCUCUGAGUCCGUCUCCCCAACCCACGCUUUCACUAUGACCUUCACAGCUGAACCGAGAAGCAUCUCCACAGCCAUGUCCACGCCUGGCGCUUCCAGCCCAACCACUACAAAUCACCCUAGCACUGUCUCCAUGACUUCAAGUGCCCAGCCUGGGACCAUUCCCAUUUCUUCCAGUCUGACCCCCAUGGCUGAGCUGAGCACCAGCUCCAAGACCUUUGGCAAUCUCAGCACUUUCAUUCCGACCUCCAAAUCGGAGGCCACCACCAGCACCUCCAGCACACAGCCCAGCACCAUCUCUGAAGCCUUCUCCUUGGCGAGCACUUUCAUGCCAACCUUCGUGUCCCAGCUCAGCACCAUAUCUGAGGCCAUCUCUACGCCCAUCAUUUCCAGUACGACUUCCACAGCUGAGCCCAGCACUGUCUCUGAGACUGUCUAUGUGUCAAGUAUUUCAAGACCAUCCUCCUUGUCCCUGUCCAGCACCAUGUCGAGGGUCAUUUCCCCUUCAAGCCCUUCCAGCCUGAUUUCCACAGCGGAGCCCAGCACCAUCUCCGAGUUCAUCUCUACGCCUAGUGUUUCUACUCUCAUUUCCAGUUCCCAGCCCAGCACCAUCUCUGAAGCUGUCUCCAUGAGCAGCACUUCUAGGCAGACCUCUAUGGCUGAGCCCAGCACCAAGUCUGAGGCCAUUUCCACAUCCAAUGUUUUCAUUGUCACCUCCCCUGCUGAGUCAGGGACAUUCUCUGAGGAUGUCUCCACACCCAGCACUGUCAUCCCAAGCUCCGUGGCUCUGGCCAGCACUGUCUCUGAGGCCAUCUCUUCGCCUCCCACCGACAGUGAAACCAGGAACAGUGAGACAACCUCUGCCUCAUUCUCUGCACCGCCCUUGCUGACCUCUGCCACUCAGAGAGCCUUCUUCACAUCUGCUACUCGCUCAACUGCCUCUGAAACCACCACCAAGCCGGCGACCUCAGUAACCACCGUUUCUGGUCCAGUCUCAGCAGAGCUCAGCCAUAGUGAGGCAAACUCUAAAAUGGCCACCUCCCAACCAGCUCUGACCUCCCCUUCCACUAUGACUCUGCCAGUGACAACUUCCACCAAAUCCACAACCCACAAGAAAACAUUGGCAACGAUUGUUUCUUUGCCUCCCACCGCAGUGUCCACCUCCAGGAUCUCUAGCACAAUAGUGACUUCAAAGCCAGCAACAAAUCAAGAGUCUUCUACAAGGUCCAUGGCUCCUCUUCUCUCCGUCUCUCCCACAAGGAAACCCACUACUGGAGCCACUCAAGUGUCUCAGCUUCAAUCUAGCAGCACGAAUGCCCCAAUUGUUGUGCCAACCAAAAUGCCAAUGACGAGUGGUUACUCCAAAACUACCACUGGCACCACCACCGCCAUGGUUCCAGCCACCACGAGGAAGCCCCUGCAGUGCCAGAAUGGGGGGACGUUCCUUGCAAACGUGUGUCACUGCCCAGCCGGCUUCACAGGGGAGCAGUGCGAAACGGUGAUGAACAAUGUCAACGUUGACGUGGUUGUGGCUGAGAUCAACAUCACUGUAGAGGUGACAACCAUGGUCUUCAACCAAAGCAUGACAAAUCGCUCCUCCCAAGCCUUCAUAGAAUUCAAGGAAAUCUUCAUCAUCCAGAUGGCGCCGAUGUACAAGCGGAUGGUGCCCGGGUUCCAGCGCAUCGAGGUGAUCCGGCUGAGCAAUGGCAGCGUGGUGGUAGAGCACCGGGUGCUCCUGGCCCUGCCCUACGCCAGCUACGCCAGCGCCUACCCCCAGGCCAUGGCCAACAUCAGUGCCUGGUUCGACAUCACCACCUGCAUCAAUGAGUCGGACACCACCACCCAGGCUCCGCCUCAUGGCUUGUGCUUCAAACCCAACACGACACGUGUCAACGCCCUGGCCCUGCAGACCACAGGUGUGUGCCAGAACAACUCGAACAUCAGCCUGUCCUAUGAGAACUACUUCCUGCCCGUCAACGUCUCGGGCCAGCUCAUGUGCGUCUCCAAUUGCAGCGUCUACCACCCUAACCUCUACACCUGCAGCGGUCGGGGGUACUGCUACAUCCAGACGGGGGGCCCCACCUGCUACGUGGCGGACCUGGAGGAGAGGCAGGAGAAGUGGUUCGAGAACAUGGAGUGGGAGUGGACUGCGCCCCACCAGGGCACUGCCACCGGGACAGCUAGCACAUCCCCGACAACACUUACCAGCUCAUCAGAAACUGCAACUUCAGUUGAUGUCACCACGUCAGCAGGCACCACCAUGACCAGGAAUGUCACCCCCACAAUCUCACUGGAAACCACCAGCACCCCGGAUGUCACGACGUCAGGGGAAACAGCCAUGACAUCUGAUGUAACAACCACCACAUCAGUGGAAUCAACAAUGAUCACAGAUCACACCACCAUUACCUCGAGAGAAACUACCCUGUCCCCACAUGUCACCAGCUCAGCAGAAACUGCAACAUCGGGUGAAGUCACCACGUCAGCGGGCACCACCAUGCCCCCUGAUGUCACCCCCACAAUCUCACUGGAAACCACCAGCACCCCGGAUGUCACCAUUUCAACAGAAACUGCCAUGACAUCUGACGUAACAACCACCACAUCAGUAGAAUCAACAAUGAACACAGAUCACACCACCAUUACCUCGAGAGAAACCACCCUGUCCUCACAUGUCACCACCUCAGUAGAAAUUACAACUUCAGGUGAUGUCACCAUGUCAGAGGGUACCACAAUGCCCCCUGAUGUCACCCCCACAAUCUCACUGGAAACCACCAGCACCCCGGAUGUCACCACAUCAACAGAAACUGCCAUGACUUCUGAUGUAACAACCACCACAUCAGUGGAAUCAACUAUGAUCACAGAUCACACCACUAUUUCCUCGAGAGAAACUACCCUGUCCCCACAUGUCACCACCUCAGCAGAAACUGCAACUUCAGGUGAUGUCACCACGUCAGCGGGCACCACCAUGCCCCCUGAUGUCACCCCCACAAUCUCACUGGAAACCACCAGCACCCCAGAUGUCACCAUUUCAACAGAAACUGCCAUGACAUCUGACGUAACAACCACCACAUCAGUGGAAUCAACAAUGAUCACAGAUCACACCACCAUUACCUCGAGAGAAACUACCCUGUCCCCACAUGUCACCAGCUCAGCAGAAACUGCAACAUCGGGUGAAGUCACCACGUCAGCGGGCACCACCAUGCCCCCUGAUGUCACCCCCACAAUCUCAGUGGAAACCACCAUUACCCCGGAUGUCACCAUGUCAACAGAAACUGCCAUGACAUCUGACGUAACAACCACCACAUCAGUGGAAUCAACUAUGAUCACAGAUCACACCACCAUUUCCUCGAGAGAAACCCCCCUGUCCUCACAUGUCACCACCACAGCAGAAACUGCAACAUCGGGUGAAGUCACCACGUCAGCGGGCACCGCCAUGCCCCCUGAUGUCACCCCCACAAUCUCAGUGGAAACCACCAUUACCCCGGAUGUCACCAUUUCAACAGAAACUGCCAUGACAUCCGACGUAACAACCACCACAUCAGUAGAAUCAACAAUGAACACAGAUCACACCACCAUUACUUCGAGAGAAACCACCCUGUCCUCACACGUUACCACCUCAGCAGAAACUGCAACGUCGGCAGAAACUGCAACUUCAGGUGAUGUUACCACGUCAGCGGGCACCACCAUGCCCCCUGAUGUUACCCCCACAAUCUCACUGGAAACCACCAUUACCCCGGAUGUCACCAUGUCAACAGAAACUGCCAUGACAUCCGACGUAACAACCACCACAUCAGUAGAAUCAACAAUGAACACAGAUCACACCACCAUUACUUUGAGAGAAACCACCCUGUCCUCACACGUUACCACCUCAGCAGAAACUGCAACUUCAGGUGAUGUCACCACGUCAGCGGGCACCACCAUGCCCCCUGAUGUCACCCCCACAAUCUCACUGGAAACCACCAGCACCCCGGAUGUCACCACAUCAGCGGAAACUGCCAUGACAUCUGACGUAACAACCACCACAUCAGUAGAAUCAACAAUGAACACAGAUCACACCACCAUUACCUCGAGAGAAACCACCCUGUCCUCACAUGUCACCACCACAGCAGAAACGGCAACUUCAAGUGAUGUCACCACGUCAGCGGGCACCACCAUGCCCCCUGAUGUCACCCCCACAAUUGGAAUCAACUAUGAUCACAGAUCACACCACCAUUACCUCGCGAGAAACUACGCAGUGGAAACCACCAUUACCCCGGAUGUCACCACGUCAACGGGCACCACCAUGACCAGUAAUGUCACCCCCACAAUCUCAGUGGAAACCACCAUUACCCCGGAUGUCACCACGUCAACGGGCACCACCAUGACCAGUAAUGUCACCCCCACAAUCUCAGUGGAAACCACCAUUACCCCGGAUGUCACCACGUCAACGGGCACCACCAUGACCAGUAAUGUCACCCCCACAAUCUCAGUGGAAACCACCAUUACCCCGGAUGUCACCACGUCAACGGGCACCACCAUGACCAGUAAUGUCACCCCCACAAUCUCAGUGGAAACCACCAUUACCCCGGAUGUCACCACGUCAACGGGCACCACCAUGACCAGUAAUGUCACCCCCACAAUCUCAGUGGAAACCACCACUACCCCGGAUGUCACCACGUCAGUGGAAACUGCCAUGACAUCUGAUGUAACAACCACCACAUCAGUGGAAUCCACUAUGAGCACAGAUCACACCACCAUGACCCCAGAGAGAACGUCCUUGACUGCAACUGGCACUUCCUCAACCCUGGACACCACUAGCACCCCCCAGGCAUCCACUGCCACCACUCUGGUCACCACCUCUCUGCCCCUGACAUCGACAGUCACAACCCAUGCCACCUCCAGAGAAAGUAUCUCCUCAAUUGUGACUUCUACACAUCUCACCUCUACACCUAAACCUCCAGUCAUUUGCCAGAACGGGGGAAGCUACAAUGGGAAGGAAUGCAUCUGCAAGCCUGAAUUCUACGGGACGCUCUGCGAGCUCGCUAAAGACGUUAUCACCACCAAUGUCAGUACAUUCGAGGCUGAGGUGGAUGUUAAAGUGAAGAUCACCAACAGGAUCUACACAGAGGAGCUGAACAAUAAAUCCUCUAUAGCUUAUAUGCAAUUUAAGACUGAAUUCAAAAUGCAGAUGCACAUGGUCUACCAGAAAGUGACUGGGUACAAAGAUGUUGAAAUCCUUGGCUUGAGGAAUGGCAGUAUUGUGGUCGAACACACCGUGAUCGUUGACACCCAACUGAGUUCGGACCUGACGGCUACGCUGGCAUCUGUCACCCAGCAGGUGGUACAGCAGCUGGAGGUCGCCAACACCACGGAGCGGAACUGCACCACAUUCUGCCAAGCAGUCGCCCCCCCGGAGCUCGCCAACUACUACUACCCGCAUGUCACCACAACGGGCACCCUCAGCUGCCUCACCCGGUGCUCCCCGGGCCUGCCCAACUCCCUGAACUGCAACUACGGGCAGUGCCAGCUGAAGAUCUCUGGGCUCGAGUGCGCCUGUGACAACAGGGACACGUUCUGGUACCCAGGCGAUCGCUGCCAAACACGAGUCAAUAAGGUGGGCGUGGCC